AUGGUUCGACCGAAAGUCGACCCAAAGCUUUUGCGGGGAUGCCGUUUCCCCACCCCACGCAUUCCAGACGGCGCGUCAUCUGGGCCCGACAGGAUGACCCAAGCGGUAGCGACGGCGUCACGCCUGAAACCUGAAGUGCGACUGGCGCAGGUCGUCUCGCACUUUAAAGCAGACCUGUCCUCUAGGCAAAAGGCGGGCUUCGGUGCUGACAGAUCCAAGGCACUGGAAUCCCUUCCUGGUAUUCAAGAUGUCAUGCAGCUGACGGCUGAGAUCGACCGUAUGACCAGAAAAGGGAGCCGGUGUUUGGGACCCCGGGUCACAAACCUACUACAGGCCGCCCAGCAGUUCGCUGUCUUGGGGAAUAUCAUUGCCAUCGUGCGACUCUCGCUGCUCUUGGCUACGAAAUUCUUCUCUUACCUGGAGAAACUGUCGACGCUGCUCAUGGCCGUGGGUCGUCAUGCCCCUCGCCACGAGAAACUGGCCUUGCUGUAUCCUCGAUCCCGCGAUCUGCAGUCGUCCUUAUGUGAAUACUUCAUAGUGGUCGUCCGCCUGUGUCAUGACAUGUUGAAGUUUACCCAAAAGUCCACAUUGGGCAAAGUCGGGUCUACCCUCAGUGACUCCGACCCGAAAUCCUACCAGACAGAGCUUGACACCUGGGCAAACACGAUCAACGAUGAAGUCAGCUUCCUGAUAGCAUAA